AUGACGUUACGUCGGUGUGACAGUCUGCCAACCAAACUACGAGUGGCGCCAAUUGGAAGCCCAGAAGUAUCCAAGCCAUUGACAGAGAAAAUACCUGACUCAAUCACAGACUCCAAUCUCAACACUACCCUCGUCCGCGACGAAGUUAUCGCCACUUGGAAAUCCCUUCAUACCGACGUCAAGAAAAUAAAGAAUGGCCUACCCACAACAAAAAAUACCCUAAACUAUAGGACUGAUAAAGGAGAAUCCAUUAAGAACCAUUUGUAUCCCGCGUCAACACGCAACAAUGGGGUCGCUCAAAAGAACCCUAACCCUAGAAAUAUUCAGGCUGGACCGCAAGAAGUUGAUCGUAGCUCAUCAUUCCCACUGGAAUGUGGCCAAAGGUUCACAGACAAAAGAACUAAUUCAGCGAAACGUAGAACACUACUUGAACGUCUUCUAUCAUGGCGUACUCCUGACUGCGAGUGUGACAAUCGAUGUCCACCCAAAUUGAAACCGCAAACGCCUGAAGAAUUACUAUGUACAUGUGGAGUAGCAAAUAAAGAUAAUCAGAUAAAAACAACUGAUCGGGAACGCUCAAAAAGUGUAGGAUACGAAGCGACACGUGAAGUGACACAAUUCCGCCGGUGUGCUAGCGCGGGAGCUACGGUUGGUGUGGAGACGGCUUCUGCUCUCCGCGCCCGAGCAGCGCUAACGUUAGCGAGACGUUAUUAUCCCGAGGGAGGCUGGGGAUGGACCAUUACGGUUGUGGGCACGAUUGUACAGAUUUUAUCACACGGCUUACAACUCGGCGGUGGAACGGGCGCGAUGGCAUGUGCCGCGUCUGUUAAAUACAGAGUUCAACCGCUUUAUACUUACGGUUGUCUAGGAGCCAUAUCAGCGGGAGUGGCCCUCGCUCUGUCACCGGUGACAGUUGCGUUAUGCGUUCGCAAAUCAACACGAGUGACAGCGGUGGUUGGCGGUCUUGUGGCAGCACUGGGAUGUCUCUUCACCUCAUUCGCUACGCAGUUUCAUCAAUUAUUCUUCAGUUACGGUACGGUUGUAGGAGUAGGGGUUGGUUUGACAAGGGAUUGCUCAACGCUGAUGGUGGCGCAGUACUUCAAGAGGCGGCGGGAACUGGUAGAGAUAUUUAUCGUCAGCGGGAGUGGUCUUGGAAUAGCUGUCAUGUCCACAUUUAUAAAAGGGGCCAUCAGAGCUAUCGGUUGGCGUCUAGGACUUCAGGCAGUGACGGGAGUGGUAUUCGUGACAUUUAUUCUGGGCACGUUUUAUCGCUCUGCUUCUUUAUACCAUCCCCAAAGACGAGCGAUACUUCAUCUCAAGAACCAAAACAAAAUCAAGCGGAAAAUGAAGGACAGGAAUAAGGCUGAUGAUAGACAGCCUUUCUUUGAUUUCUCCACUCUAAAAUCUAAGACCGUUAGGAUCCUGCUCAUGUCCACUGGAAUAUCGGCGUUUGGGAUCAACACGCCGAUAUUUUAUUUAGCCUAUCAUGCUGAAGAAGAAGGUCUCGGUGAUACAGCGGAACUGCUGCAAGCGUAUUUAGGUUUAGCGUGGGCGGUAGGAUGUGCUGCAUUCGGAUUGUUGGUGCGUCAGAACAGCGCGGAGUGCCGUAUCGCUCGGCAGUAUCUCACACAAGCAGCAGUCUUUGGAUGUGCUCUUGCCACUAUGGCUUUAACUGCAGUCGAGGGGUCUUAUAGAGGAUACGUUAUGUUCGCUUGGGUUUAUGGUAUUUUCUGCGGAGGUUACCACUAUUCACUCAAAAUGUACACCUACGAACGCGUGAGGUCGCGCAAUUUUGCUCGCACGUGGGGUUUCGUACAGUGCUCGCAAGCAGUACCUAUUGCGAUCGGUGUACCUCUAUCAGGUUACAUCAACGAUGGUUGCGGCGGCAAGGCUGGUUACUACUUCAGUUCAACUUGCUCGAUAAUUGGUUCACUUUCAUUGUUCUGCAUCGACUUGCAUCGCCGCAGCGUUGCGCAUAAACACACCAAAGAAAACGGCGGCAAAUCGUGCGAAUCGACAUGCCCACCACGAGGUCGGCCGCGGUCCGAACAACGAGUCGCCGGCGCCACCGCAUUAAGUGCUGAAUUAGUGACGCCGGGAAGCCGUCGGGAUAUUCUGCUAGAUAUCGGCCCUGGUAGUUUAGGAUCACCUCCCCCAAAUCUUCCGCCUGAAUUGACCUGCAUCAGCGAGGAAGGCGGUCUAGACUUAGACCUAGACUUAGAUAUACCUGAACACCUGCUUGAAGAUCUAGACUGCGGGGGAGAUUGUAUUACUAGUUGUAAUAAGGUUGAAAACUAUUUAAUGUUAAGCGAAUAUGAAAACAAUUUGAUAGCUGAACUGCCUAAUCUGAACGAGCGUCGAGGUCGGCGUUGGUCGAUCGUUGUGUCGAACACAAAUUCGCCGCAACCGGAGAAUCAAACCCCCGAACACAGGCGGAACUCGAUCAAGUUUAAGAAAAAGUGCCAUACUAAUAACAGAUUGAUAACAGUGAUAAACGAAGCGUCGCUGUAG